CAACUGUGCUAAUCUCAAGACCCACGCUAUUCCUGUCUCAGUGGAAAAAUACAAGAGGGAAGUGGCUGUGCAAAUCUUAGACCUUUGUCAGAGCCAAAUGUUUUUUUUUUGUAGUUGUUUUUUUUUGUAUAUCCCUGUGAGGCAGCAUGGUGCUCAGAGCAGCCCUACGAUAAUCAGGACCAAAGAGGAGCCAAAGCUGCUUUUCUUCGUUUUGCCCCUGUGCUCUGGCUCUGCUCAUGACAUGUUUGUACUGUGAAACAAGCUGAGAGGAAUACUGAUCACUCCGCUGCUGACAGAACCAACCCUUGGGAGAGGGGGGGCUUUGUAAUGGAGGGGGAUUUUCUCAAAGGAAAUAGCCUGGAGGUGCCCGCUCCAGAUAACAGGCUGGCUAAGAAGAAUCAGCUGCUGGACCGCGGCCAAUGGGCGAACAAGCUGGAGUUCAUGCUGGCGGUGGCAGGGACCCUGGUCGGACUGGGAAACCUCUGGAGGUUCCCCUAUCUGUGUUACAAGAACGGAGGAGGUGCAUUUCUUGUUCCAUAUGUCUUGUUUCUGCUCACCUGUGGUAUCCCUAUGUUCCUCCUGGAGACGGCCAUGGGACAGUUCACGUCUCAGGGCUGCAUCACCUGCUGGAGGCACUUCUGCCCCUUGUUUGAAGGGAUCGGGUACGCUACCCAGGUGGUGAUUGCAUACGCUGCCGUGUCUUACAUCGUCAUCCAGGCUUGGGCCUUUUUCUACCUCUUCUCAUCUUUCAGUGCCGAAAUUCCAUGGGCCAGCUGCAGAAACACCUGGAACACAGAGUCUUGUGUUGAAUUUGAUAAAACAAAUGUUUCCUCCAACUGGACAGCAAAUGCAACAACACCUGCAACAGAAUUCUGGGAGAGACGAGUACUGGGUAUAUCUCAAGGGAUUGAGGAGGUUGGGAGCCUGAGGUGGGAGUUGGCCCUGUGUCUCCUGCUGGCGUGGAUCCUGUGCUACUUCUGUGUUUGGAAAGGAGUGAGAUCCACUGGAAAGGUAGUUUACUUUACAGCCACUUUCCCAUACGUGAUGUUGGUGGUUCUGUUGGCUCGAGGACUCACUUUACCAGGAGCCAUAGACGGCAUAGCUUUCUACCUGUAUCCUGACCCUACAAGGUUGGUGGACCCUCAAGUUUGGAUGGAUGCAGGUGCACAAGUUCUAUUCUCUUUUGGCAUAUGUCAGGGGAGUUUGACCGCUCUGGGUAGUUACAACCAGUUUAACAAUAACUGUUACAAAGAUACAUUUGUUCUCUGUCUGGUGAACGGCCUGUCCAGUUUUGUGGCAGGGUUUGCAAUCUUUUCCGUUUUGGGAUUCAUGUCGCAUGAACAAGGAGUGCCCAUAUCUGAAGUCGCUGCCUCUGGACCUGGGUUGGCAUUUAUUGCUUAUCCACGUGCAGUUGCCAUGAUGCCUUUUCCUCAGUUAUGGUCUAUAUGCUUCUUUGUCAUGGUCAUCUUGCUGGGAGCAGAUACACAGUUUGUGAGUCUGGAGUGCCUGAUGACAUCAGUGACGGACAUGUUUCCCACAGUGUUUCGAAGAGCUUAUCGUCGGGAGUUGCUGCUCCUGUGUCUCUGCACUGUGUGCUUCUUUCUCGGCCUCCUCCUUGUGACAGAGGGGGGCUUGUAUUUCCUUCAACUCUUCGACCAUUAUGUUUGCAGUGGCAACAAUCUUCUCCUCCUGUCAGUGUGUCAGUCGAUAGCGAUUGGAUGGAUAUACGGCGCAGACCGUCUCUAUGACAACAUUGAAGACAUGAUUGGUUAUCGUCCAUGGCCACUGAUGAAGUAUUGCUGGCUCUACGUUACCCCUGGUGUUUGUCUGGGCACCUUCAUCUUUUCUUUGGUGAAGUACAAACCUCUCAAGUUCAACAAGACCUACACCUACCCGACCUGGGCCUACGCCCUUGGCUGGUGUCUUGGACUUUUCUGCGUUCUCCUGAUUCCACUGUGGAUCAUCUUCAAACUUACUCAGAUGAAAGGAACAAUAUCUCAGAAUCUCAUGCAGCUUUGCCGUCCUGAAAACGAGACGCAAAACACAGAGAACCAGCCUGAGCAAUGCCCUCUGAACCCAGACAACACGCCGACUCCUGCUGCCACCGAGUACAAGGGCAGUGGUGGAUCUGAGAUGGAGAUGCAAGUGUGAAGCACUGAACCUUUGGAUGUUUUAUAUGCGGCGUUUUAUUAUAAAGUCUAAGAUUUACAAAGCUAAGCAUUUCUAAGAAAUAAUAGAGAGCAAUAAAUUCUGUACAAUCAGUAAGGAUUCAAGUGUCACUGUCUUAGACGCACAAAGAGAAGUGAGAGUUUUAUAAAGUGUUUAAAUCUAUUUUAAUUUAAGGAAACCUUUGUGAUUAAACUAAAUCACCAGUUUUAUAUGUCAGCAUUAGUUGCCUACAUCCGUGGAGGAUCAGGACGUCAGUCCACAUAUUCACUGUCCACUCUGUGUCACAGUUCAUUCAUGCAUUCUUUCACUUCCUGUCGGCCUUUUACUAAAUCUCCUGUCUUUCCAGAGCCUGCCUUGCUCCCCCAACCCCUCGCAGCAACCCUAACUUUUGCAUGCCCCUCGAUUCUUCUGUAUAGUUCUCACUUCCACCUCCUCACCUGGUCUUGCUUGUCUCUGCCUGCAUCUUUUGCCUGUUUACCUGGUUUACCUGCCUGCCUAGCUACUGACUUCUGACUUGGCCUAAUGUUUGCCCCUUGUCCAUUUUCUGCCUGCCGAUCCUUAAUAAAGAUGAACUGUUUGAAACUUC